AUGACCUCCAGUGGCAUGAACAUGAAUGGAAAGAUCAUCUUCUACGAGGACAGGAACUUCCAGGGCCGCUCCUACGAGUGCAUGAGCGACUGCCCCGACGUGUCCUCCUACCUGAACCGGUGCCAGUCCAGCAGGGUGGAGCGCGGCUGCUUCAUGGUCUACGACCGCACCAACUACAAUGGCAACCAGUACUUCAUGAGGAGGGGCGAGUACCCUGACCACAUGAACAUGAUGGGCAUGAGCAACGGCGUCAAGUCCUGCCGCAUGAUCCCCGUCCACCGCGGAUCCUUCAGGAUGAGGAUCUACGAGAGAGAGAACUUCGCCGGCCAGAUGCAGGAGCUCCAGGAGGACUGCGAGAACGUGAUGGAGAGGUUCCGCAUGUCCGGCUGCAUGUCCUGCAACGUGAUGGAGGGCCACUGGCUGCUGUACGAGCACCCCGACUUCAGGGGGAAGAUGAUGUACGUGAGGCCCGGGGAGUACAGGAACUUCCACUCUCACAUGGCCAUGAACAGCAUGAACGGCAUGAAGUACAUGAGCAUGAGGCGCAUCACCGACUCCAUCUAG